AUAUAAAUACUUGCAAACCCUUGAAGGAGUGUGUUCAGCAUGACAGAACGGUGAGCAAUGUUGUAUGAACGACUACUGAACGACCAGUUAAAUAACAUUGUGGUUGUAACGUAUGCUGCAGGCAUAGUCGUGGGAAGUAGGGAUGCUGAGCAAGCGUUCAAAAUCUGUGCAUUGUGCCCUUGGGCUGAAUAUAAUAAAUAUAAUUCCCUUCUCCAGACUGCCAAUCAUCUGUGCUCUAAAGCACCUCUCACUUACAUGGCUCUUUCAGAUAUCUAAAUUCUUAUUAGCCAAUGCCCUUCACCUGAUCCUUCUCACAGGUAUUGCAGCUCCAAAGUAGUCUACAAGUGAAGACAGACUCAUCACGGAUGCAACGGCGCGCCUCCUUCUUAUCAAAUUACGAGGCACAUAUUGACAAGAAGUUAGAAGAACGGUCUACAUUUACUUUUUCAGCCAACAAGAUGAGUAAGGAACAGCAAAAGCACUAGCCUAUGUCAAUCUACUAUAUCCCAUAGUACAAAAGUUUACCUAUUCUAUUGGUCAGCUUGUCCUUCUGUGUGAGAAGGACAAGCUGGGACUGUUGUGGGACGCGAUAGAUCCAAAUUAAUACAACCACCCUUUUAAAAGCUAUGAGGCUGAUGCAACAGAUCAGAACGUUUAGCUUAAAAUGUUGAUAAACUGUUAGGCUAUUUCUUCACAUUAUAAUCACAGCAAUGUGCACACGGCAGUAAGCGCAAAUGUUCCAAAAUGCAAUUAGUGGGAAAACACAGUUCUCAAAAGUGCACUGCAAAUGCUAGCGGUUUCAUAUGACCUAGAUGAAAAUAUCCUUCAGAAAUGUAGGAAGAUGUAAAGACACAUCCACAAGCAUGGGUUCAAAUCCAAUUUUAUUGGUCACAUACACAUGGUUAGCAGAUGUUAAUGCAAGUGUAGUGAAAUGCUCGUGCUUCUAGUUCUGACAGUGCAGUAAUAUCUAACAAGUAAUCUUACAAAUUCAAAACGACUAUCUUAUACACACAAAUGUAAAGGGAUGAAUAAUAAUAUGUACAUGUAAAUAUAUGGAUGAGCGAUGGCCGUGCGACAUAGGCAAGAUGCAGUAGAUGGUAUAGAAUACAGUAUAUACAUAUGAGAUGAGUAAUGUAGGAUAUGUAGACUUUAUACAAGUGGCGUGGGGGGUCGUUUUCCUUGAUCUUUUGUCCUUGACCCUCUGGAGAGCCUUGCGGUUAUGGGUGGCGCAGUUGCCGUACCAGGUAGUGAUACAGCCCGACAGGAUGCUCUUGAUUGUGCAUCUGUAAAAGUUUGUGUGUUUUAGGUGACAAGACAAAUUUCUUCCAUCUCCUGAGGUUGAAGAGGCGCUGUUGCGCCUUCUUCACCACACUGCCUGUGUGGGUGGACCAUUUCAGUUUGUCCGUGAUGUGUACGCCGAGGAACUUAACUUUCCACCUUCCCCUUUUCCACCUGUCCCGUCGAUGUGGAUGGGGGGGAUGCUCCCUCUGCUGUUUCCUGAAGUCUACGAUUGUUUUGUUGACGUUGAGUGAGAGGUUAUUUUCCUGACACCACACUCCGAGGGCCCUCACCUCCCUGUAGGCCAUCUCGUUGUUGUUGGUAAUCAAGCCUACCACUGUAGUGUUGUCUGCAAACUGGAUGAUUGAGUUGGAGGCGUGCAUGGCCACACAGUCGUGGGUGAACAGGGAGUACAGGAGAGGGCUGAGAACGCACCCUUGUGGGGCCCCAGUGUUGAGGAUCAGCGUGGUGGAGAUAUUGUUUCCUACCUUCACCACUUGGGGGCGGCCCGUCAGAAUCUGUAAUCUGUGAUUGACUGUAGACCCUGCCACAUACGUCUCAUGUUUGAGCCGUUGAAUUGCGACCUUACUUGUCUCUAUACAGAUGCUUUGCUUGUUUGAUUGCCUUGCGGAGGGAAUAGCUACACUGUUUGUAUUCGGUCAUGUUUCGAGUCGCCUUGCCCUGAUUAAAAGCGGUGGUUUGCGCUUUUAGUUUUGCACAAAUGCUGCCAUAAAUCCACGGUUUCUGGUUAGGGAAGGUUUUAAUAGUCACAGUGGGUACAACAUCACCGAUGCAUUUGCUAGUAAACUUGCUCACUGAGUCAGCGUAUACAUCAAUGUUGUUGUCUGAGGCUACCCGGAACAUAUCCCAGUCCACGUGAUCAAAGCAAUCUUGAAGUGUGGAAUCCGAUUGGUCAGACCAGCAUGGGAUAGACCUGAGCACAGGCGUUUCCUGUUUUAGUUUCUGUAUAUAGGCUGGGAGCAACAAAAUUGAGUCAUGGUCAGAUUUGCCGAAGGGAGGGCAGGGGAGGGCUUUGUAUACAUUGCGGAAGUUAGAGUAGCAAUGGUUGAGAAUGCUACCUGCCUGUGUCAUGCAUUCGAUAUGCUGAUAGAAUUUAGGAAGACUUGUUGACUUAAUUUCCUGUAUGUCGUUAUGAUCACACCAUGAGUUUUUAACCAUAAGGCAUACACCCCCGCCCUUCUUCUUACCAGAGAGUUGUUUGUUUCUGUCGACGCGAUGUGUGAAGAAACCGGGUGGCUGUACCGACUCUGACAACAUAUCCAGAGUGAGCCAUGUUUCCGUGAAACAGAGAAUCUUACAAUCUCUGAUGUCUCUCUGUAAUGCAACUCGAGCCCUAAUUUCGUCUACCUUGUUGUCUAGAGAUUGGACAUUGGCGAGUAAUAUGCUCGGAAGCGGUGUAAGGUCUGCUUGCCUUCUCAGUCUGACCAGUAGGCCGCUCCGUCUGCCUCUCCUGCGGCGACCGAUUUGUUUUGGGUCAGCCUCUGGGAUAAGAUCCAAUGUCCAGGGUGGAAGUCGGUUAAAAGGAUCCGCUUCGGGAAAGUCGUAUUCCUGGUUGUAAUGUUGGUACUAUAGUGGCCAUGCUGGAAAUUACAACGCGGUCUUGACCAAUAAGAUAAGAAGAGAAGAGACUCUCUGUCUUGGUCAAUGGUAUAUACCUCCUCCCCUAUCCUCUCUACCAUUCCUCUCUCACUACUUCUCUUCCUCUCCCUGCUCUCUUCAUCCUCCCCUUUGUCCUUUAAUUUCCCCUUUCUCCUUUAUACUGUACCUCUGUCUUAGACUUGAACUCUGUGUGGUGGAUGAAUCAGAAUUAGUUGAGUAACAUAAGUAAUUAAGAUGUCAUAUCUGCAUAAUAUUAUGUGAUAUGUUUUAUUAGAAUGUAUUUCCAAUACUCUAGUGUUGGCAGUUGCAUUUCUUCCCUCAGCUUGGGCUUAGUCACUUGGGGCCCAGAGAGGGGAGAGGUCAGGCUUGUCUUUUACAUGUCUCUGGUGCUAUGCAGAAUAUCAGAAAGGGAAGAGGUCAGGAUGGAACAUUAUCUUCAUGUGUGAAUGUAUCUGUUAAACCAUGUGAAGGGAUGGUGUGAUUAAGGGGGAACCAAUUACUUGUCUCCACAAUGUCUGUGCACAAGUCACUGCCCUCGGUGAGCUUGUCCAGGAGUGGGGUCAAGAGGGGGUUCACUUGAGAUGGGAGUAUCUAGAGUUGACAAUUGAGUUAUGCCAUUGGAUGAGGUAAUGGUUCUGUGCUAUAAAGUACGAGGAAUGAGAUUAAUGAGACUAAACUGAACGAUAAUGUAUAGCGAAUGCUAUCUGGCUAUAGGAUACUCCUCUCUCUCUCUCUCUCUCUCAAGUAAAAGUUUUCCUUUGUGAACUGUUCCUAAGAUCUGCGGUUCGUCAUGUAAGUUGAGAGGGUUGUAUCUUGGCUAUAAAAGAUCUUUGUACUUUUCUGAUGUCACUUCCAAUGGUUCAUUAGAAAUGGUGCAUCAUUAUUAUAACUCUGACUUUGAAGUUUGUAACUCUCCUCAUUUGGUAAAGCAGAAAUAAGCCACCACGGAUGUCACCAGUGCUUCGUUCACACUGCACUCCCAGGGCCAUGUGGAGUUUGCACCUGUAAAGUCUUUGUUCGUGUCUACUCAGUAUGUCCCCAUAUCAUUGAGAAGGGGGUUGUCAUGGACACUGAUGUCCACAUGUAUGGCAGCAGCCCCACCCUCAGGUGCACGGCCCGUGGAAUCCCCACCCCCGCACACAUCCAAUGGCAGUGGAUGUCCAGAGAGGACUGCCCAAUCAUCUUCCAGUCAGGAGUGGUGAACUCUGGGGUCAAGCUGGAGGGCUGUAUCAAAUGGAGGGACAUCAGGAAUAACACAGGGCAGAAGAAUCCUAUCGAUGGAAUUAGCGUGAACACAGAUCACUUUCACAAGACUGUGUUCUCUAAAGAUCCAGAAAGCCAAGAUCCACGCCCUCUACAGAUGCCUGACUUCUAACAAAGCGAGACAAGAUUCAAGAAUCAUCCUUUUCCAUUUGACAUUAGCCCAUUGAGCAGGACCAGGUUAUUCUGAGAUGUAAGGCAGACCGGCUGAUCUAUGGAAAGCUAGCCUGGUUCCGUGUGGGGAAUGUGUCUGACCGAGAGCAGGUCCCAGCCAUGCAGCGCUGUCAGGCACUGUUCCUGUCCCAGAGGCCCCUAUCCCAGGCUGUCCUGUCUGGCCUGCAGGGCACCAACGUCACACUGGAGCUGCCCCUAACCGUGUCUCGGGGGGGAUCAGGGGGUAUACGCCUGCCAGGUGGAGAACAUCAAGACUGGGGAGAGGACCUGCCUCCACCGACACCUCACCCUCAGAGCUCUCGAGGCAGUGAGGAUCCUGAACAAUUUGACAGACCAGAGUGAAUGUCGGUGCCACGACCAUGCUAAUAUGUGAGCUGACCGGGACACCCACCCCGACAGUGACGUGGACCAAACACAACCAAAAAUUGGUGGAGGGCUCAGAAGUGAUACCUUCUACCACACAACAACGAUACUACAACUCAUCCAGUAUACCACCAGAGACACUCUUCAAAGGACAAGGAAGAUCUCUGUUGGGCAACACGGCCUUCCAUCUACAACCAACCUAUUGAAGCGCAGCUCCGACUAAAUAUUUAUUGCAUUUUCCUUUUCCAAAUGGCCGGUAAUUUAGAAUGCAUAAGAUUCUGUAUUUACGGUAGCAUAGCUUCUCCCUUUGUUACUCAGUCUUCCUGCUCUUUCAUUCAAGCCCAACCCCCUCUCUUUGUGUAACCAGCCAUCGUAGCUGUUCCGUCCACCAGGGCCGUUUUCUUUAUGACAAUUUGUAAUCCAUGUAUGAUUAAUUCCUUUAUGUAAUUCUGUGUGAUUAGUUAGGUAUUUAGUAAAUAAAUAA